AGAGGUGCUUGUUUUGGUUCUGUUUCCUUUGAAGCCGAAGGCCGGAACAAACGUAGCCGUAAACUUGCUCAGCUACGACAGUCUCGUCGGAGAGAAGGCUGCAACAAACCCGCCGCUGUAUCUUCGUUCUAGACUUCACAUCCGGGUUUUCCUCCCGGCGUGACCUGCGCGCCGCCGACGGUUCUCGAACCGGUGCCUGAUCUCUUUAUCCGGGUCUAGCUGCUCCCGUCGUGCUUCGCGCACGACUGUAGCCCCCUCAUCCGGGUUCUCUCCCGGCGUGCCUCGCGCCGGGUUUGCUGGGGGGUACUCGGUUGUGCCGCCAUGACUAUUCUCCCCAAAAAGAAGCCGCCGCCUCCCGACGCCGACCCCACCAACGAGCCGCCGCCGUCCGGGCCUCUGCCCCCGGCGCCGCGCCGCGGCGGGGGUGUGGGCGUGGGCGGCGGCGGCACGGGUGUGGGUGGCGGCGACCGCGACCGUGACUCGGGUGUCGUAGGGGCCCGUCCCCGGGCUUCGCCGCCGCCUCAGGGCCCGCUCCCGGGGCCGCCGGGCGCGCUUCACCGCUGGGCAUUAGCCGUGCCACCAGGCGCAGUGGCGGGGCCUCGGCCACAGCAGGCCUCUCCACCUCCUUGUGGGGGCCCUGGUGGUCCCGGCGGCGGUCCGGGUGAUGCACUGGGUGCAGCAGCGGCGGGCGUAGGCGCGGCGGGCGUGGUGGUGGGCGUAGGUGGUGCUGUGGGCGUGGGUGGCUGCUGCUCAGGACCGGGGCACAGCAAGCGGCGGCGUCAGGCUCCUGGGGUUGGCGCCGUUGGUGGGGGCAGCCCGGAGCGUGAGGAGGUCGGCGCGGGCUACAACAGUGAGGACGAGUAUGAAGCAGCAGCUGCACGCAUUGAGGCCAUGGACCCUGCUACGGUCGAGCAGGAACACUGGUUUGAAAAGGCCCUGCGAGACAAGAAAGGCUUCAUCAUCAAGCAGAUGAAGGAAGACGGCGCCUGUCUUUUCCGGGCUGUAGCUGACCAGGUGUAUGGAGACCAGGACAUGCAUGAGGUUGUACGAAAGCACUGCAUGGACUAUCUGAUGAAGAAUGCCGACUACUUUUCCAAUUAUGUCACAGAGGACUUCACCACCUACAUCAACCGCAAGCGGAAAAACAACUGCCAUGGCAACCACAUUGAGAUGCAGGCCAUGGCAGAGAUGUAUAACCGUCCCGUGGAGGUGUACCAAUACAGCACAGAACCUAUCAACACAUUCCAUGGGAUCCAUCAAAAUGAGGAUGAGCCCAUCCGGGUCAGCUACCAUCGGAAUAUCCACUAUAAUUCAGUUGUGAAUCCUAACAAGGCCACCAUUGGUGUGGGGCUGGGCCUGCCAUCAUUCAAACCAGGGUUUGCAGAGCAGUCCCUGAUGAAGAAUGCCAUAAAGACAUCGGAGGAGUCAUGGAUUGAACAGCAGAUGCUGGAAGACAAGAAACGUGCUACAGACUGGGAGGCCACAAAUGAGGCCAUUGAGGAGCAAGUAGCUAGGGAAUCCUACCUUCAGUGGCUGCGAGAUCAGGAGAAACAGGCCCGCCAGGUCCGCGGCCCCAGCCAGCCCCGGAAAGCGAGCGCCACGUGCAGUUCAGCCACAGCAGCAGCCUCCAGUGGCCUGGAGGAGUGGACCAGUCGGUCCCCACGGCAGCGGAGUUCGGCCUCAUCCCCCGAGCACCCUGAGCUGCAUGCUGAGCUAGGCAUCAAACCCCCUUCCCCAGGCACUGUCUUAGCUCUUGCCAAACCUCCUUCACCCUGCGCACCAGGUACAAGCAGUCAGUUCUCUGCAGGGGCCGACCGGGCCACUUCCCCCCUCGUGUCCCUCUAUCCUGCUCUGGAAUGCCGGGCUCUCAUUCAGCAGAUGUCCCCCUCUGCCUUUGCAGGUCUGAAUGACUGGGAUGAUGAUGAGAUCCUAGCUUCGGUGCUGGCAGUGUCCCAACAGGAAUACCUAGACAGUAUGAAGAAAAACAAAGUGCACAGAGACCCACCCCCGGACAAGAGCUGAUCGAGACCCAGGGACUGGAACCAUCUCCGAAUCCCCCCAACUCCUGCCCUCCGGUGCCACCCCGCCUUCUUUGGCUUUCUUCCCUCUUGCCUCCUUCCCCUUUUCCCUCUCCCUCCUCCCCACUUCCCUCUGGCUGACCCUAUGCGCUUCCUCUCAUUGCUGCCACCACCACCUGUCUCUGUGCCAGCUGACGUGCCCUGUUGCCCCCCGCACGGCACCAUCCCUGCAUUCCACAGGGGACUUGGGCAAGGGUGCUGAAGGUAGGCGAGAGACACAGAGACAGGCCAACUGGCAGCCCCAGAGGAAAGAGACAUUCAGACAGAGGAAAGUCGCCCUGCCCCUCCUCAUUCCUUCCAAGAUCAGAAAAUCCUGUCACAUACCCCCCUUCAAUGAUGCCAGGCAGGUGGGAGGAAGAAGUGGGAAAUGUCCCUUCCCAGUACCCUAAGAAUGUCUGAGCCUUCAGUGUUGGAUUUUUUUUCUUUAUUAAAAUGUACUUUUAUCUUAUGAAAUCAACCAAACAAAAGCGAUGUAGACGACAGCAUUGGCUCUGUGAAGGUGGCAUCUCUGAUUUGGGGACAGGCAGGCCAUGGGGCAUGGACGGGGGGCACAAAGAUGUGGACUUCUGCUGUCUUCUGGCUUCCAGCUCCACGGGGGUGGGCAGAGGACCUGGAGUGUGAGCCGGGGCAGGAAUCGGGGGUAGCAGGCGUCAGACCAGCUUUGGACAAUGAGACCCUGACCUUGCUGCAUUCCUUUUGCUUCCACCAUCACUACCACUAAGUCUUGGAAUCUUGGGGAUCAUGGCCAGCACCCAGGAUUUGAGUAUAAGGAGUGGGAGCAGCCUUGGCAGAUUGGGCACUUGAGCCCUGCAGGUGUUGACAAGAUUCGCCAUCUGUAAUGUCCUUGGCACAAUAAAACCAAAUGUCAGUUUC